AUGCAUAAGGGAAGGCCGAUGAAGAGAUCAAAGAACGUUCACAAGAAGAAAGCCCUGGAAAAGGCAAUCUCCAAGAUCGAGCAAUCCUUCGAGAAAGUUGCCAAGUUUGAGAACAAGAAGCAAAGAACUCAGUCUGCUAAACAGCUCCAUGACUAA